GAGUGUUCAGGUCUAUUGUGGCUGCUUUGGGCGCGGUCUGGAACGCAUCGACAGGACAGGGCAGGGUAAGGUGCGCGUUUACGACUCCACACACACACACACACACGCACCACACCGGCUUCCCGUUCCCGUUCCCGGAUCGGAUGAACCCGCAACAUGUCGACCAAGGACCCGCUCAAGUCCGCCAUCUCCAUCGGGGACGUGGGCGACACUUCUCUGGCCCUGCCGUCCGCGAACCAGUACCGGACCGGGGAGCAGCGCGUCCUGGAUCAGGUCCACAGAGUCCGGAGUACCAAGUCUAGGAAGGCCAGCAGUAGGAGCGGAUCCACGUCCCUAUCCCCGACAGGCUCUUUGUAUGACUCAGUGUUUGUGGAUACACUGAAGUCUCCGACAAGUUCUGUAAAUGAAGGCGUCUUCUAUGGGAACGGCUCUUCUAAAAGUGUGAUCCAGGACAAAUCUGCCAACUGGACAAAACAAAUGAACAGUGUGAAGAGAUCAACUGUGAAGCGGAACACAGAGGCGUCUUCCUAUCAGUAUGGGAGUUUUGCCCCGGUCGGCUCCAAGAGUGUCGUUCAGACCCUCACCAGCCGCAGUGCGCCGGAUCUGGGCUGGCAGCGUUCCAUGAUCAGACGCUCUGUCCCACCACAGGGAUUACAGUCCAGCCGGAGUACCUACAGGACAGAGAAGACCAGCAGUCAGUUAAUAACACGCAAGACCCAGCCCCAGUCUAUGUACAAUGUGAACGGCACAGAGCGGAUCAGCAGUCAGCUGACAACACGCAGGAUCAGGCCCCAGUCCAUCCACAAUAUUAAUGACACCCGUCAGACCAAAUCACAGGAGCAGUUUGUGAGCAGCCACGUCGACAUGUCCAAAACUGUGACUGAGAGCACAUCCAAGACCAAAACAGACUCAGCGUCAAAUGGGAACAGUGCAGUCGCUGACAUCACCAUGAAAGAGGCAGUGGAGUAUCUUUCCAAAGACGAUGAGACGUUUCAACAUUGUGGAGCGUCCUACAUCCAACACAACACCUUCGUGGAUGACAAGGCUAAGGAGGAGGUGUUGAAGCUCAAUGGGAUUCCUCCUCUGGUGGCUUUACUGCAAAGCCCCAACACAGCGGUCAGUCAGACGUCCUCAGCUGCACUCCGUAACCUGUCCUUCAAAAACAACAAAAGCAAGGACGAAAUCCAACUGUGCGGCGGGAUCACACAGGCGGUGGCUCUGCUCAGAGAUACCGACUCUGUUGAGAUACAGAAGCAGGUGACAGGUCUUCUGUGGAAUUUGUCUUCUGCCGACAGCCUGAAGCCAGAUUUGCUGAACAGCGCUUUGCCAGUCUUAAUGGAGCGUGUCAUACUGCCGUACACAACAGGUCCUAACCGGACCGCCGGUAACAGCCCACACCCUGAGGUCUUCUGUCAUGCCACUGAAUGUCUGAGGAACCUAAGCAGUGUGGGUCAGAACAACAGAAAGACGAUGAGACAGUGUCGGGGUUUGAUCGACUCUUUGGUCAGUUACGUUACAGAGUGUGUGGAGGCGGACAGACCAGAUGAUAAGUCGGUAGAAAACUGUGUGUGUAUCCUGCACAACCUGACCUUCCAGCUGGAGGCCGAGGCUCCGAAUCUGUUCAGCAGAAUCACAGCACUGGCAGCGUUUGUAAACAAGAAGAACAGCCAGGGUGAAAUAAGCCCCAUCGGCUGCUUCACCCCGCAGAGCAAAGCACCAGAAUAUGAGCGUAAUUUUGACUAUGCAGUUGCUGAGGAUCCUCAGCCCACCGGAGCAGGAUGGCUGAUCCACUCCAAAACUCUGCAGAAUUACCUUUCUUUGCUCGGCUCUAGCCAGCAUGAGGAAACACAGGAAGCCUGCUGUGGAGCCCUGCAGAACCUCACUGCAAAUGACGGCAUUGUGGCCAGUGCAAUGAGUCAGACUAUUGUGCAGAAACUGAAUGGCUUGCAAGUCAUACGUCCGCUUCUGAAGUCAAAUAAGAUCAACUUACAGAAGAACAUAGUGGCUUUGCUACGAAACCUGACCAGGAACCCAAACGUGCUUCAUACCCUAGCUCGUAAGACCCUCCCAGAGCUGGUGGGUAUCAUCAAUGAAAGCACCAAGAAAGGGAAUGAGUCUGAUGACACUCUGGCCAUGGCCUGUCAGACUGCCAGCUGCCUGUUUAUGAAGGACCCAGAUAUGAGCAAACAUCUGGUAAACUACGACCUGAUAACCUCCCUGAACCAUCUGAGCAAAAACAGUUAUUUACCCAAAUCCAGAAAAGCGGCAGCUCUGUUCCUCUACAAACUCUGGUCAGAAAAGGAAAUACAAGCUCAUGUGAAGAAGCAUGGAAUGAAUAAAAGCCUAUUUGUGAAUGACAUCACCACAGCGGUGCACAAGUCGGCUCAAGUCAUCGAUUAACACAUCCACUGAGUAAACUGUGCACCCAUGGGACCCAGAAACACUGAGGCUCUGCAGCAGUCUUUCCCAUUUCACAAAGACUUGCAAUCCUGACAUGUAUCUACACUAAACAACUUUAAAAACGCACUUUUAAAGAUUUGAGAUGAACUCAGACGCUCCAAACAGCUUCUCAGACACACAAUAUACUGUUGUUGUGUCUGACUGAUUGUGCUUUUACUCAACUAUAGACCAAUUUAUGAAAGUUGUACAAACUGGGUAGGGGGGUGAAAUACUGGGAUGGGCUAAAUUGUUAUCAAAAAUGUCUAGGCUUUGUACAUGUGACCCUCCAAAUAAAAACCCUGAGGUAAAAAUGGGGUAAAUGUCUGUCGCAAAAAAGGCUUGAGUACAGCCAACUGUGAUCAGGCAGUCAGAAUGAUGGAUGUAGGAAUGACGCAGACGGACAGUGAACGUCACUUUGGGGUCCAUCACUCUAGAGGUCGACUGAUAUGGGUUUUUCUAAGGCCGAUACUGACUUUUUAAAAAUUUGGCCAAUAUCUACAGCUGAUUUUUGAGGCCAAUAUUUAACAACAAUUUUUUUGUUUAAAGCACAUUGACCA